AUGCCUAACGGACUACUUUCCGACGUCGGCACAAAGAACGAGGAACUGUGGGAGCAAGCGUUAGCAGACUCGAAAGCCAACAACGACAACAUCUACCCAGACAACCCCUUUAACGGUGGGAGAGGCAGAGGAAGAGGAGAAAUGAGAGGAAGAGGAAAUUUCACUCAACAACCAUGGAGAGGAUCGAGUAGAGGUUCAGGAAAUUUUGGGAAUGGUUUUGGUGGUAAUUUUGGAGGAAGUUUUGGAGGAAGCUAUGGAGGAGGUUAUGGAGGAGGAUUCGGAAGAGGCAGGGGAUCAAACGGGACAGGAGACCGUCCUAAAAUAGGACCAGGGAGUUUUGAUAAAAGUUUGGGAGCAAAAGCAAGCACGAGCAGUACCGCACAGAAGUGA